UCUAUGGGAGAGCCAUGGCGCAAAACCUGACACCUUGCGCACCCAUCAAGGAACCGCGUGUUUCCGAGGGCCAGCGGGAGACGGUUCUCACUUUUAUGGAGCAGCAUCCCCAGCUGGCUUUAAGAUCCAGCAAGCUGGGGCCAGGCUUCACUGUUGGCAACUGGCGACGGCCGUGGCAGCAGCUGGCCCAUGCGCUGAACGAGGAAGGGCCUGUCAUAAAAACGGUGAAACAGUGGCAGGAGUGGUGGCGAAAACAGGUGUUCGAGGCCCGCCACGACGCUACCACAAUCGCCCAAGAGCAAAGAAGCACUGGAGGGGGUCGCUUUUCCGUCUUCCACGGCCGAGUACUGCAGCUGACGGGGACAGUCCGCUUGCGUGGCAUCACCACCCUUCCCUACCAAGAGUGGCAGAGGAUCCACCGCGCGGCACAUCAGUCACGCGUCCUGCACGGCCACCACGUGGACAGCGACCGCGACGGGCGGACACCCUCCCGACCAUGUCGUCGCAAUGUGCCCGCAGCCUCAAACAGGGCGACGAGAUGCUCCAGGUGCUGCGGAGGAUUGAAGAAUCCACCACCCGCCUCGCUGUCGCGGCAGAGAGGACAGCAGCGGCUCAGGAGGGCAUCAUGGGGCAGGUGCGCUCCAUGGCACGGGACAUAGCUGCGCACCUGCAGCAAGAAAUUAAUUUAUUGUUUAUUUUCACCUUCUCAAUGUCAUUUUAUUCAUUUAUUGUGUUUUAUGAGUUCAGUUUAUUUUAUUUAUUUAUUGCUGUUUGAGUUUUAGAAGUUAACUUUCAUUUGAGGCAUGAAUUGUUGCUUCAUUUUGAGUUUUAAGUUUCCUUGUUGCCUUGUAUGAGUAACACAGGAGGAUCUUUUGGACGAAAGGCGUAAUGCGUGCACCCAUUUUUGUUCUAUAGUAUUUGCCUCUUUCCGGGGGGCCUUAAAGGUCCAAACACCCGGCAUCAGCUCAACGCCCACGAUCCCCCUUUCCCCGGACACGGCUAAGCCGCGCACGGUUAAACGCGGGAGGUUCCAAUUCUCGUGUGCUCGGGUACGUGGUGUCGCAACACACCAAACACCUGCUGACACAGACGCCAAUGCGGGGCCGCAUGGUUCAGCCGACAUGCUAUACAUCAUACGAGUCCUGUGAGCAAGCUCACAUCUGUAGCUAAAAUUUUUCAACUGUUUUCGCCACACAUUAUGCCGCCUAAUUCGGCGACGGGUGGCCGCACUCACCGAAAAUUAGUAAUGGCGCGCCACAGCACCUUAGAUUCAUCGGCAAAAAUUUUGUUUCAUUCUGGGACGCUGCAUAAAACAACUGCAAUUUUAUUCUCGUAACGGUCACGAAUGUAGCAGCGGGACUGGCAUUCACCCCAAAAAAACCGUUCGUAUUCCUUUCUACUUGCGUAUUGGCCUCGUGCCCGCGACCACCGUCACAAACCAUUGUGCCGCUGCUGCUCCCUUCAAAAACGGCGUGCUGUUGUCGCCUUCAUUUCCGCUAGUAGAACGGCGAGGGCUAAGUUCCGCGACACACCGAUAUAUUUUACUCAUGGAAAUAGGCUAAUCGUAUCUUUACUGGUUGCAGUCGCAAUCGACAAACGCGCCGAUACCGAUUCAAGCGGCGACAGCGGCAAAAGCGCACUUUCCGGCGACUUAAUAUUUUGAAAGCUGAAAGCACUCUCGACAGGUUCAGCGCUCAACAUGACCGCCGUGCGACGCGCAUAUUUGGCGCCAAUACACCGAGAACAAAUGGUGUGGCAAGGCCGAAAAUGUGACGAAGUGGCAGAAAUUCACCAGUGACCGAAGCAAAUAUGUCCUCCGUCCCCAUUGCUGUUCACGCUUCAUGUUAAGGGCGCGGAAACCCGACUGGAAAGUAGUGAAUUAAGGUUUGAUUUGUCCUACCAGCAUGAUGGACGAAUGGUGCAGCAGAAAAGCCCAGGACUGAUGUAUGCGGCGGACGACAUAUUGCCACUAGCGGACAAUGCAAGAUACUUAGAGACACUUGCGAAUACGUGUGGCAACGAAGCGACAGAUCUAAGCCUUAAUUUUGGCACAGAUGAAUAUGGAAUUAUGAUCUUUAUCGAAGAGACGAGUGAGUACUCAGUCUCGGUCCGACUGCAAGUCGUCCCACACAUUCGAGUCUGUGUCGCAGUUCUUGUAGUUCACGACGAUCGAGCGUCUUCCCUCUGCUCUUCCACAUUUUAAUAGAUAGAACUAAGCGAUUCCCGGCCUCUCGGCGGGACGUUGCUGCAAGGGCGGGCAGCUGCUCGUGCCUGCAUGCUCUCGAUUCAGGUGGCGCUCGAUGGCGGCGGGUGCGUACCAGCCCCUAGUGGGUGGUGUGCAGUCUGCUCACUGUAAGAUGUCUGUAGCCACCUACACUAUACUGUCACAAACGUGAUGGUUAAUGGUUCUUGUCUCUCUCUGCGCACCGCCGUCGCACUGCAACUACGGUGCGCAGGAGUGCGUCCACCGUGCCACCGGACCUGCCAGGCUGUUUGGCAAUCCCACCCUCGUCUGCUGCGCGGGGAGCUUUUGUCUUUCCCCUGCGUGACGCUUCCCGGAAGGCAACUGGAAGCCGGGACCGUUCGAGGUCGUCGACCCUCGUCACGGAAAAUGCGGCUUGCUGCACAGGACCGCCGGUCAAGACGACCCGUCCCUUCCACUGGAGCGCUUUCUAGGCGAAGAGGCAACGCCCGACGGAGUCAGCCAUCGAAGAAUAGAGCCCGUGGAGUGUCCCCAUUGGCCGAACAUGACGCCACUUGCACGGGCCCUACGAUUGGAUGACAGUGAAAUACACCUUUUCUGGCUUACCGAUUGGAUCAAAAUGACACCUGCAUAGGCUCGACGACUGGCUGAAAAUAACGUGACCCCGACAGACUGAAGGGGCUAUAACGAAAGGAACCAUCGGAAAAGAGAGAGACGUUCUUCUUGCCGCAGGACCCAGCGUUCGAUUUGUUUCUGGCCGUCGAUGGCAUUUUACUGUUUUGCGUCCUUCUAUUUCUGCGCAUAAUGUAAAUAAAUUUUCAUUUCUCUAAGUC